AUGUCUAGUCCAAACUAUACCGCAGUCGUCCUUGAUCUGGGCCGAGUGCUCGUCAACUACACCACCAAAAACACCCUUGGUCUAUCAUCAAGCCAAAUUGCCAGCGCUCUAGACUCACCGGCCUGGCAUGAAUAUGAACGAGGUGAACUGCCUGAGCAAGAGGCUUACGAUAGAGUUACGAGGGACUCCAAAAUUGAUCUGGAGACCUGGACACAGGCUUUGGAACAGAUGAGGUAUAGUAUGAAGGCCAAUCAGGCCCUCAUAUCUGCCAUCAAGGAACUGAAGCAGACCUACUCGAAGGUCAAGAUCUUUUGCCUGUCCAACAUCCCGAGACCUGAAGUUGAGCUUCUGAAAGAUGAGAUUGACAGUUGGGGAAUUGUCGAUCAGUUCUUUGCAUCUUCAGACAUGCGUGAGCGAAAGCCAGACAUGGCUAUUUACAAGAAGUUCUCGAAGCACGUUCACGUGUCUGCAUCAUCGUGCAUCUUUGUUGAUGAUAAGGUUGAGAACGUCACUGCGGCUCAGGCACUAGGCUUCAAAGGCAUCGUCUUCAAGGACAACGAAUCAUUGGUCAGAAUCCUUCACAACGCGCUGGGCGAUCCUGUUUCCCGAGCCCAAAGAUUCCUCAAUCAGAAUGCAAAGAAAAUGUUCUGCACACUCAGUACAGGACAGAUGCAGCCUGACAAUUACUCUCAGUUGGUAAUUCUACAAAACACAGGAGAUCGGGACUUGGUUGUUCUUGAGAACGAACGGUAUACUUGGAACUACUUCCAGGGAAAGCCAACGUUUGCCGGGACGACAUAUCCUGACGACUCAGACACGACGUCACUAGCCAUGGCAAUCUUGGAAGGGAUCCCAGUAGCUGACAAAGUGCAAGCAAGAGAUAAGAUCCUCUCGAAUCUGAGCCCUGAUGGACUCCCAUACUGCUGGUUCAGCAAAACGAGACCUCGCUUCUGCCACUGUAUCUGUGCCACCGUUUUCCGCUUCUUCGUCAUCAAUGAAUGGCAAGACAAGCUUCCUGGAGUCUACGAAUUUCUCUGCCAGCUCCUCGAAACAAGGGCUUACCUCCAUGGCAGCCGGUACUACGAAAGUCCAGAUUGGCUGCUUUACAUUCUCUCUGAUCUUUGUGCUCGUCGACCUUCAGAUCCGAACCUUGGAAAGAUGCGAAACUUGCUUGUCACAUGCAUGCAAGAGCGUAUGGGCUGCAAUGGAAACAUUCUCAGUGCUGCGAUGAGAGUUUUGAGUGCUCAGUCUCUGGGCUUGAAGAAUAAUAGAGAUCUCGAGACUGUACUUGAAGGCCAACAGGUCGAUGGCGGAUGGGAGCUGGCGUGGCUGUGGGGAUACGGUUCCAAACCGCUCAAGAUUGGGAGCCGAGGUGUAGUUACGGCUAUGGCUAUGAAUGCGAUUCGGCGUGCACAGGCCUAA